CGCCCAGGAAGGCGCCCGAAUCUGCGCAGGCGCGGUAGCCGCGGUAGCCUAGGAGCCAUCCGGGCCGGAAGCGCGGAACUCGGAAUCCGCCAUGGCCGUGGCUGCGGUGCACCUGGACUCGGACGCGUUCCUGGUGUGCCUCAACCAUGCCCUGAGCACGGAGAAGGAGGAGGUGAUGGGGCUGUGCAUCGGCGAAGUGGACGCCAGCAAGAUCGUGCACAUCCACUCCGUAAUCAUCCUGCGGCGCUCGGACAAGCGCAAGGAUCGCGUGGAGAUCUCGCCCGAGCAGCUGUCGGCCGCGUCCACGGAGGCCGAGCGGCUGGCCGAGCAGACGGGUCGGCCCGUGCGCGUGGUGGGCUGGUACCACUCGCACCCACACAUCACCGUGUGGCCAUCGCACGUGGACGUGCGCACGCAGGCCAUGUACCAGAUGAUGGACCAGGGCUUCGUAGGCCUCAUCUUCUCGUGCUUUAUCGAGGACAAGAACACCAAGACGGGCCGCCUGCUCUACACGUGCUUCCAGUCGGUGCAGGCGCAGAAGAGCGCAGACUACGAGCGCAUCGAGAUCCCCAUCCACGUGGUGCCGCACGACACCAUCGGUAAGGUGUGCCUCGAGUCAGCCAUCGAGCUGCCCAAGAUCCUGUGCCAGGAGGAGCAAGACGCGUACCGGCGCAUCCACAGCCUGCCGCACCUCGACUCGGUGACCAUGAUCCACAACGGCUCCGUCUUCACCAAGAACCUGUGCAGCCAGAUGUCGGCCAUCAGCGGGCCGCUGCUGCAGUGGCUGGAGGACCGUCUGGAGCAGAACCAGCAGCGGGUGCGGGAGCUGCAGCGGGAGAAGGAGCGCUUGCAGCAGGAGCUGGCGGCGCUGGACUGAAGCCCGGGCAGGUGGGGGUGGGGUUCAUUCCCCGUGCAGACGUGCGCACUACGUGGCACACUUGUACGGAGACCCCCCUGGGACCCCGUGAUGGACGAACCUGAUUUUUAUAUAAAGUAUUUUGGUAAAAAUUCUAGCAAGAUAGUCUGUGCAUUUAAUCCUGCGCAGGGGAAGAGAAAGGUGUGCAUGAAGGGAAGGGGCAGAGCCGCCUCUGUGCCAUGCACUGUGCUGGGUACCGGGGAUACAAAGACAGGGAACUUCCUGGAGCCUGGGGGAGGCAGCGUGUACCUAGAUAGAGAUAGGAGCAAAAUAGAAGGGCCUGUAAGUGGCCCGAUGCACAGAACACUGGACUUAGAGGCAGGAAGACUGAGUUCAAAUCCUACAGGCACUAGCUGGGUGAGCCACUUAACUUUUCUCACUUGUAAAACGGGAUUUAUAAUAGUACCGUCCGCACCGGGUUGUUGUAAGGGUCAAAUGAGGUAGAUAGGUAAGGCAUUUUGCAAACGUUAUAAAGUACUACAGAAAUGCUACCUAUUAGAUACAAGGUAGUGUGGUGGGAGUGGAGAACGCUAGGAGAUGGAAUAGGAAAGACUUCACUUAGAGAUGGCUUUUAUUGCCCAGAUGUAAUUAGAUGCUUAGAGGACCUUCGGGAAUAUUAAUUAACCAGUAUGUACACAUACACACAUACCUAUACACAAAUAGACAUACAUACAAACAUAUAUAUGUAUAUAUAGGAAAGAUUUAACCAGCAUAUGUGUAUAUGCACAUACACAGACCAGCAUACAUAUGUGUGUGCAUAUAUAUACACACAAACACAUAUACACAAACAGAUAAUGUAUAUAUAGGAGAGACUAAAUAGAGAUGGCUUUUAUUGCCCAGAUGCAAAGUAUAUUCAUGAGUAUUAACCUAUGCACAUAUAUUUAUACAUCCACCCACAUACCACUGUACAUACGUAUUGUAUACAUGCAUACAAACAUAUAUGUGUAUAUAUACUUAUAUAUAUAUGUGUGUGUAUAUGUAUGAGUGUUUGUCCUAAAUAAAUGGUUGAUGGGCCGGGAAUUAAACCACCUUUGAUA